AUUCACAACGUCCGCGGGAGUAUGACCGAAAUAAUAGAAGAGCUUUGGGUUCCCCGAUUUCUCUGCGAUGUUCCCUACUCGGGCUGUUACCAUCCAUCACGAAACCAUUGAACUUUCGAUAUGCGGUUCACCACGGUGCUCUUGUCCUUGCUGGGGCUCGCAUCUUCGUUACCGUCGGAGGUAACGACGCUCGAGAAGCGAGCUGAUGCUUACAACCCACCACGAAACCUGGCAUACAUCCAAACAUUCAGACGCGUCGAUGGCGGGAAAUUCUCGAUGCUCCCGUUGAUUCAAAACCCGACACAAGUCACUCACCUCUACAUCUCGGCUCUGCACAUCAAUCCUGAUCCAAAGGGAAUGCAUCUGAAUGACAACCAUCCAAAUGACACUAUAUGGAACAAUAUGUGGAGCGAAGUCAAGCAAGUACAGAGUGCAGGGAAGAAAGUGAUGUACAUGAUGGGCGGCGCAGCACCCGGGAGUUAUCCAAGGCUCUGUAGUGGUCCUAGGAACACCAUCAACGAGUCCUACUAUAUGCCAUUGUACUGGGAGCUCAAGUAUCGGAAAUUGGACGGCAUUGACUUGGACAUCGAAGAGAGGGUCAAUGUCAAUUGCCCUUACAACCUGCUGCAACGUUUGAACAAGGAUUUCGGUUCAAAAUUCAUCAUCACCAUGUCCCCAGUCGCAUCUGAAUUGCAGCCACAACCUUAUGGUCUCGGCGGUUUCUCCUACAAGACUCUCGACUACUACGCGACCAACUCUCAGAAGCCAAAUGGCAAGAUCGUCAAUUGGUUCAACUGCCAGUUCUAUAACGGCUGGGGAGAUGCAGGCACACCAAAUGGCUACAAUGCCAUCGUCAAAAACGGUUAUCCCGCCGACCGCGUCGUCCUCGGCACUCUCACGAGCUCCUUCAACGGUGGCAGCGGCUGGAAGAACCUCACCACGAUUCAGAGGACCAUUCGGAUCCUCAAAGCCAACUACGGCAGCAAAUUCGGCUCAGUCAAUGGAUGGGAAUACUGGGAUGCUGGAAGAAGCGAUAACAUCAAUGAGCCGUACAAGUGGGUUGGACAAAUUGGCAAUACCAUCUUUGGAACAAGGAAUACGUUCAAGAGGCAAGAGUCUGUGCCACAGGACUUCAACUCGACUAUCACGCCUGCGAAGAGUCCUUGGCCGCAGUUGACGGAUAGGCUGUUGAAGUUGGGUGUCGUGAGACUGGAGACCAUUCAGGUUUUGAACCAGACGAAUGGAGAUAUCAGGAAAGCUGCGGAUUUGCUGGGAUUGGGAAACCUGUUGGGCAAUCUGCCAAUUUGAGUGUUGUUUGGUCUUAGGAUAUGAGAAGUUUAUGAUACCCAUUAUUUGUUCACUCCGUCUGUGUCGGACAGCUUUCUCUUUUCUCCAUGUGUGCGUGAACGUGGUGGUCGCAGUGGCUUCGUUACUAAUUGAUCGCUCGGUUUGGUGAUGGAGAGUUUCUCUUUUGGCCCAUGGCACUCGCU